AUGCACUUUUCUUUUCUUCUGACGAUCGUUGGAGUGUUCAUUGUACAUGUAAUCACCUGUAAAGAUCCAAGUGUUCUGGCAUCUUCUUCGGUGCAUCGAGUUCUCCAACGUUCAAUCAACACGACCGUUCAUUUCCGAGUUCAUUUAGAUCGUUCUCCACAAUCACCAUUUCAUCACUAUUGGAAAACAAGUGUAGGCAGCGGUCAUGCAAGCCUUUGUCUUCAUACGACAUGGAGAGAACAUGUUCUCAAGGCAAAGCAAGAAUUAGGCUUUACAGGUAUUCGUUUUCAUGGAAUUUUCUCGGAUGACAUGAGUGUGGUGUUGGGUCCUGGAGAUGAUGAUCAAAAGCCUUACUAUUAUUCCUUCUUUAAUGUUUUUAAUUGCUUUGAUUUUUUACUUCAUUCUGGUAUCCGACCUGUGGUGGAAAUUGGAUUCAUGCCCGAGUUGUUUGCCUCUAAUGCAUCACAAACGGUCUUUCAUUGGAAAGGCAUUGUUUCACCACCAAAGAGAUAUGAUCUAUGGGAUGAUUUAAUUUCCUCAUUUGGAAAUGCUCUUGUUCAAAGAUAUGGCAUUAAGGAAGUAUCGAAUUGGGUCUUUGAGGUUUGGAAUGAGCCUAAUUUACGGAAUGGAUUUUGGUAUGGAUCUAAGGAGGAGUAUUUUGAAUUGUAUCGACAUACUGCUUUGGCAUUGAAACGAGCUCAUAAAGAAUUGAGAGUUGGAGGUCCUGUCACUGCCUUUGCAGAGUGGAUUCCCGAAUUUAUUCAAUUCACAAAGAGUAAUAAUGUUCCUCUCAAUUUCAUAUCGACUCAUCAGUAUCCAACUGAUGAAUUUCCAGUGUUGAGAGAUUUCUUAUGGCAAAAUGUGAAAAAAACAAAGAGUAUUGUCGUGGAUCAUUACAAGUUGCCUCUUUAUUAUACUGAAUGGAAUGCUGGUUUACAGGAUGGAAGAGGUUCUCACUUUUAUCAAGACUCUGCCUAUCCUGCUGCCUACAUUGUGAAGGCUCUUUUUGAACUAUACUCUCAGGUCGAGUUGUUUUCUUUUUGGUGUGUUUCUGAUAUUUUCGAAGAAGGAGGUCAACAAUCGUUACCAUUCUCCGGAACCUAUGGCUUAAUCACCAAUAAUGGAAUUAGAAAACCAGUGUGGAGAGCGUUUGAACUGAUUGGCCAAAGUGGAGAUUAUCUAAUUGAGGUUGAGAAAGUAUCAAUUCCAUCAUUGAAAAACUCCACCGUUGAUGCGUAUGCCACUGUGAACUCAAAAACUGGCGAGUUGGUGGUGUUUGUCACAAAUUGGCAAAUACCUGGAUUGCCUCAAAUGACCUAUGAUGUUUCUGUUAGCUUUUCAAAUAGUCUUGUUGAUGCUUGUACAUUGACCAUUAUUGACGAAACACAUUCAAAUGCAUUCACCAGAUGGCAACAGUUAAACAAACCUAUCUAUCCCACUAUUCAACAAAUUUAUGACCUUCAAAAGAGUAGUGAAUUGAUACCACAAUCCCUUAAGGUCAACUCAGAUGGAACUAUAACAAUUUCAACACCGAUUCUUUCGCCUUCGCUUCAUGUCAUUCGUUGUGUAAAAGCGAAAUAA